CUAAUGGCAUCUAGCGGGUGGAGGCAGGGGAUGCUGCUCAACAGUGCACAGGACGGCCCCCAAGACAAUGUCAGUGGUGCCGAGGUUGGGAAAUCCUGCUCUAGGGCGUUAAAAUUUCGGAAGCCCUGCAUGAACUGUGCAAACUGUUUAAAAGUCAGCUGAGUCUCCUGUAGGGCGCCUGAAUGACAAGCCGCGUUUACAGUGUCUGGAGUCACCAAAAAAUCUCCAUCCAGCCAAAUGAGUUGAGCAGGUCAAAUGCGCACAGCACGGAGCUGCUUUCUCCCAUUUGGGAGCAGAUGGCUCCGUAAGAAUCCAGAAAAUCCAGUCACAGCCAACAAUUAUGUUAAAUCAGUAAAUACAGAAAAGAAAAGUGAAUGGGGUGGCCUGUCCAUCUAACAACUGUGUUACGCCCCGUAUAAUGCCUCAAAAGCAAUAUUUGUGUUUUGUUUUUUUUAUUCCUCGGACAAGAAAAACAUCUCUGGAGCUCAAGUUUCAGUUGAAACCAGCUUCAGGGUUCACUUGUCCUCACUGAUCCGUGGAUUUCUGUGUUCCCCGGAGCCCUGUCUUGAGUGCUCCGUGGGGAUAAGAGGAGGAGCAUUCUGGUUCUCCCACUGCUCUGUUGUUCAGGAAGAUUUACUGCCUGAGUCUCAGGAUGGUAGCCAUACUUCUGUCCCCAACUUGUGGACUUGGUGACCUUGAAGGAUGUGGCCGUGGAGUUCACCCAGGAAGAGUGAGCAUUGCUGGACCCUUCCAAUGAACACUGUACAGAGUUGUGCUGGAGAAUGGCAGGACCCUGGCCUUGCUUGGAAAGCCUGACAUCAUUCCUGCAUUUAUUUAAUAACUCAGGCACUGAUGUGACUGUGGUGUCUACUACUAAAUUUCCCGUGUAUGAAAGUUCAUCAUGGCUGAAAAGUGACCCUUUAACACCUAUGACAGUGGUUGACUCUGUAGGUUAUAACUGUUGGUAUUGGAUGCCCACCACUAACAUGAUCUCCACAUUCUCUCCAGGAUCACCAGCAUCUCUGACCCCCACCUCCAUCUCUACAGCUGCAGCUGUGGGCCCAGCCCUGAUGCUGUUCACCCUCAGUUUCAUCAUCGCCAACCUACUCUACACUCCAGAUAUGAGGCAUCCAGGCUCCACAAAGUCCAGCUCCACUGAGAAGGCCCUGAAUUGCCUGCUUGGUCCUUUCUUCAAGAACACCAGUGUUGGCCCACUGUACUGUGGUUGCAGACUGACCUCGCUCAGGAGCUCAGUUGGAGCAUGCAGACUUUACGGAAAGAGGAGGGUGAUGCAGGCGUUGCAGUUAUAACUGUCAGCACUGGACCCCUACCACCAGCAUGACUUCUAUAUUCUGUCCAGAAUCUUCCACAUCUCUGUCCCUCAUCCUUAGCUCCAUAGGUAAGAACCUGUUUUCUGGGACCUAUGAAACUUCAACCUGCAUGGUCUGGUCCCUGCUAACCACCCAGUCUCAGCCUGUCCCCUCACUCUCGCCCUAACUCUCUAAACUUUGGCCAUAUGAGACACUUGUCUAUUCUAGUGUCCUAACCUCUGUCUGGCCUUUAUAUUAGCUCUUCCUGGAGAUCAGCUAUGCCUGGCACCUUACUGCCUUUCAAAUCUCAGCUCAAUCAUCACCUUCUCUGAAAGACUUUCCUAGAUCUCCUUAUAUGAAGUGGCACUUCUGAAUACAUACCUGGCCCACAGGUUUUCUCUAUCAUAUCAUCAUUUCUUUCAUGGAGCUUACUACUAUUUGUUUUAUUCGCUCUUUAUGUGUUUGUCACCUUGGAGCUGAGUACCUAGACAGCAUUCACUUGAUAUUUAUUGCUUGAAUGAAUUGAUGAAUGUAACAAUCUCUGUGUAUGUCCACAUUUGUGGAUUCUAUUUGAACAUUCAGAAAAUCAUUCUGCAUCUUAGUCGUGAGUUUGAUUCUUGCCCUGUCUCCUCAUCUUACUGAGAUGGGGGUCUGAGGGCUCCUGAGUCUCCAGGAACCUACUACAGGGGCUUGAUUUAUGUCAUGAAACCUGUCUUACCCUAGCCCUGAAGAUUUAUUUUAAAAAAUAGAGUCUAUGAGUCUUUUUCAUGCUUAUGUCAUGAUUCAGGUAAGGCAUCCCUGACACUUAAUCCUACCUUUUGAGUCUGUAGUUAUGGGAUAUAAACUGGUGUCCUGUAAUUUGAAUUCUGCCUUCAGGCAUUCUGUGUUUUGUGAGUCAAGACACUGCAAACUUUUUAUGUGCUUUAGACAGGAUGCAUACUCUCCACUUCCUCAUUGCUCCACCCUGAUCAACCCAACUAUUUAUGUAACAUGCCUAGCUCCUGCAAGCUUUUAAAUACGUAACAUGUGCCAUAAACCAAGUCACUCCAUGACUGAUGAUGUCAUUUUUCUCUAGAUGCAUUCAAGAUUUAUUCAUCUUUGAUUUUUAAAAGUUUGAUUAUGAUGUGUCUGAGCAUGGUUUUCUUUGAGUUUAUAUUGUUUUGGAUUUUUCUAAGCUUCCUGAAUCUGAAAAUGUAUGUUUUCAAGAAAUUUGGGGAAGUUUCAGCUGCUUUUCUUCAACUUUUUUCCUGCAUUAAUCUAUUUCUCUCAUUCUGGUCUUCCAAUGAAAUGAUAAUUCCCGAGUCCCUGAGACUCUGUUGAUUUUUCUAUCGAUGUUUUUCCUCUUUAUUUUUCAGAU